UAAACUUCAGACCCUCGACACUUCUGAAUGCUUAACACCUGUUAUAAACAAGGUAUGAAAAUGUUGUUGUUCUUCUUGUUGUGCCUGUUUCCGGGUGCUGUGUCUCCAUCGAAGGAGCAGGAGGUGGAGCUGCUGCGAGGCGGCUGUCCCAUGUUCUGGUUCAGCUUCAACGGCCGCUGCUACAAGUACGUCGCCACACCAAUGACCUGGGCUGAUGCAGAGUUUCACUGUUUGGAACAGGGAGCCAACCUUGUGUCCAUCCACAGUCUGGAGGAAAAUAAUUUUGUCAAAAUGUUGAUCGGAAACUUUGAUCAUGCUGAGAGAUGGACCUGGAUCGGACUCACUGACAUUCAAAAGGAAGGACUGUGGUUUUGGUCUGAUGGGUCAAAGGUCAGCUUUACAGAUUGGGAAAAUGGUCAGCCAGACAAUGGACCAGGUGGUGAAAACUGCGGACAAAUCAACUUUGGACCAAAUAAGAAGUGGAAUGACUACAUAUGUUCAUACACAUACUCAUCUGUUUGUAAAUCUCGUCCAGUUUAUCCAUGAAACAAAACGUUAUUGUGAUCCUUUUCAUCAGAAUCAGGUGUGUUGAUCAAUUACUUGUGAUUGAAAAUAUGUGCUGAUCCACAUGUGACAGUCAUUUAUAAUGUUUAUGUACUUAAGUCUAUUGAUAAUCGGUCUUCAGACUUAAAGGAGCUGUAUGUAAGAGCAAUAAUAAAACGAAUCAUAAAAUGACCCCGAUAUGUCAACAGACAUUUAAAAAUCAUGUUCAUUUCAAAUACUUAUGUCACUGACAACAGCACUCAAGCCAGGAUAUUCCAGUUUAAAAAGAGGAGUUGCAGCCCUCAACUGAUGUUUAUGUUGUCAUUUUUUGUUUUGGCCUGAAGCUCCACCUUCCACCUAUCUCCCAAUCACCAAGUCAGUAUUGUUUCUGAAGCUCCACCCUCCACCUAUCUCCCAAUCACCAAGUCAGUAUUGUUUCUGAAGCUCCACCCUCCACCUAUCUCCCAAUCACCAAGUCAGUAUUGUUUCUGAAGCUCCACCCUCCACCUAUCUCCCAAUCACCAAGUCAGUAUUGUUUCGGCAUCCGGGUUGCCAGCUCGGCUCUAAUUAUGGCAGCCAUGGCAGCCUACGUUGCUGCUGCAUUCUGCAGCCUACCUGGCAACCUCUGGUCGGGGGGAGGAGGGGGAGGGGAC